AUGGUUUUUCAAAUUUUUACUUUGAUUCAAAUUUCAUUGAUUUCCUGCUGCAUGGGAUUUUACACAUAUCCAUCAAAUAAUUCAGAUACGUCAAUAAGCACAGAAAAUUCAAUUCAAGACCCUGAAGCUGAAAAUUAUUCAGAUUUGCCUUCUAUUCCUGAUACACCUUCAAGCUCAGCUUCAAUUGUGAGUUUGGUACUUGGAAUUCUUAUUCUUACAAUUGGAGCUGCGAUUUGGGGAUAUUUUGAGUGGAGUUUUCAACUGACUCCCCCCCCCUUUAAAUUGGAACUAAAAAAUUUUGUUCCAAUUUAAAGGGGGGUUAAUUUUUUUUUUUAAAAAAAAAUAUCAAUAUAAAAUUUUUUAUAAAAAAAAAAAUUUAUAUAAAAAUUAAAAACAAAAAAAUUCAAAAACUUAUCGAAUUAGAUCAAUAAAUUUGUUUAAUAAAAUACCAUUUACUCUUUAUCCUUUAAAACAAAGCAAGAUAUAACUAAAUUUUCAUUAUUAGUUAAUACGCCACUAUUAAUAGGUAUCAAAAUUAUUUACACAAAAAAAAUUAUUAUUUUUAUUGAUAAAAAAAAAAUUUAGAAAAUUUAUCGAUCAAAGUGCUAAUUUUGUUUAAAUAUGAUGCUAUUUAUACUCUAUUCUUUAAAAUAAACAAUAAAUAAGUAAAUUUUAUAAAGAAUUCCUAUUGAAUUUAUAUCAAAACUAUUUAAAUAAAAAAUAUCGUUUUUAUCAAAAAAAUAUAAAAAUUUUUUGAAAAAUUUUUAAAAACAAAAAUUGAUUUUUUUUUUAAAAUUUAGCAAUUAAGGAUAAUAAAUUUAUCUAAAUAAGAUGCUCUUUAUACUCUCUUCUUUAAGCAGGAGCAAGAUAUAACUAAAAUUUGAAUUUUAGUUAAGAAGAAACAUUUAACUUAUAUCAAAACUUUUUACAUAAAAAUUAUAUAUAAUUUUUUAUUAUAAAAUUAAAUUUUGUUCCAAUUUAAAGGGGGUUAAUUUACCAAAAAAGUGGAAUUUUUACCUAUAUUUUGUUCCAAUUUAAAGGGGGGUUAAUUUACCAAAAAAGUGGAAAUUUUACCUAUAUUUUGUUCCAAUUUAAAGGGGAGGGAGUGAGAAAAAGAUUUCUGAACAAGUGUCUGAGCGUCGUGAUAGAUGCUCCACCUGUAAUAGACUCAGAAAAUAACGGAAAAUUGCUAUUUGUUGCUGGAAAUUUGCAGGUCGGUAUGCCUUUUUAUCUUCAAGACCCGUUUCUCCCUAUAGUUACAGUUUCAGAAGCCCUUUUGCUUAAAAGGCAAGCCGAGAUGUACCAAUGGCAAGAAGAAACAGUAAAGGACGGCCUUAAAGCAAUAGACUACAAAAAGGUUUGGGCCAGAUCCCAAAUCAGCUCAUCUCACUUCAAGUAUCACGAAGACCACCAUAACCCCGAUUGAGACCCAAAGCUCCAAAAUGCGACUUUUUCAUGCCAGCCUGAAGCUUUUAUCGGCCCUUAUAGAAUGUCAAGAGAAAUUCUUAAAAAAAUCCCCAUAAGAGAAAAACUGAGAUUAGUCCACCCUACUCCAACUUAUGAGUCUUUAAAUAAAUAUAUUAUUUACUUUGACGAUACUUAUUAUUAUCUGACUACACAAGAAUCAGCUGAUGGAGAGUAUAAGCCAGAAAUUGGGGACUAUAGAAUUAAAUACUCAGUCCUCCAUAUAGGCACAGCUGUGAGCAUUUUAGGGGCACAAGAUGGGGAUACAUUGACAAAAUAUGAAGGGAAACUAUUGACUGUGGAAAGCGGCAUAAUUUCGGCUGAUAAGCUUUUAGAAAGGAAGCUGAGCAACAAGAGGACGAAACAAUAUAUUUUCAGAAUAUUUUCAACCCUUUUAUUACUUACUCCCCCCCCCCUCCGUGAGCGAACAAAACCAUUAGAAAAAUCGCCAUUUUUUGACCAAAAACCCACCCUCUGUGAGUGAACAAAAAUUUUUUUAAUAGAAAAAAUUUUAAAUGGAAAAAAAUUUUGAUAUAUAAGGUGAUAAUUAGUAUAAUGAAAUCUAGAGCUAAUUCUGUUUAAUUUUAAACAAAUUGCGUUUUAAAACAUAAAUUUUGCAAAUUAAAUUAAUAUUUGCUUCCCAAUUUUUGCAAAUUAGGAUUUUUUUAAAUUUCGAAAAAAAAUAUUUUUUUAUAAAAUUUAUAUAUAAAUUUUUUUUAAAAAAAAAAAUUAAACCCCCCUCCGUGAGCGAACAAAAAUUUUUUUGUUCGCUCACGGAAGGGGGGGGGAGUUAUAGGAUUUAUUCUUGUUACUUAA